ACGGGGCUGGAGGGGUCGGUGAUCCCUCAGUGAAGCGCAGAGCAGUGAUGAGGUGCAGAUGGGGGCCGCGACAUCUUUAACUUUUGCCUCCUGCUCCGUCUCUCCUCAGGAGAACUCUCCAUUCUGCCUUUUUUCUGCGCGCUGAGGCGCUUUUUACGCGGCAUCCUCGCGUUCUGUCACACCGGGAGGAGUCUCUGAUUCUGCGAGGGAUCUCCGGAUUCAACAUGACAGCGUCGGGUGACGGCGGAGGCUGCCGGUAGAUCCGCUGCGGUUCGGUCAGAGAUGCUCGGGGAGCAGGAUGGAGAACCCGCGGAGCAGAGUGCGGCGCGGCGCGGGAGCGCGCUCAGCCUGGGGGACGGCGUGGACAGCGGCCUCGGCGACCUCCAGCAACCCGCCUACAGCAAGCUGGAGUUCAGGAGACACGCGGUGACAGAGGACUACAAGAUCACAUCCCAGGUCCUCGGUCUGGGCAUCAACGGGAAAGUGUUGGAGUGUUACUGCAAGAAAACGGGGGCAAAGUGUGCGCUGAAGAUUCUAUAUGAUACUCCUAAAGCCAGACGAGAAGUUGAUCUGCACUGGCGAGUGUCGGGGGGACCCCACAUCGUACAGAUCCUCAGCCUGUAUGAGAACAUGCACCAGGGCAAGAAGUGUCUGCUCAUCGUGAUGGAGUGCAUGGAGGGAGGGGAGCUGUUCAGCCGCAUUCAGGCCCGAGGGGAUCAGGCCUUCACGGAGAGAGAAGUGUCAGAGAUCAUGCACGACAUCGGCUCAGCCAUCGAGUACCUGCACCGCAUGGACAUCGCUCACAGAGACGUGAAGCCUGAGAACCUCCUCUACACCACCAGAGAGAGCAAUGCCGCUCUGAAGCUGACGGACUUCGGCUUCGCUAAGGAGACCUCGCUGCACAAGUCGCUGCAGACGCCGUGCUACACGCCGUAUUACGUUGCCCCAGAAGUUCUUGGACCAGAGAAAUACGACAAGUCAUGUGACAUGUGGUCUCUGGGGGUGAUCACAUACAUCCUACUGUGUGGGUUUCCUCCAUUCUACUCUAACACAGGCCAGGCCAUCUCCCCAGGCAUGAAGCAGAGGAUCAGGCUGGGCCAGUACGAGUUUCCCAAUCCUGAGUGGGCCGAAGUUUCAGAGGAAGCCAAGCAGCUCAUCAUCCAGCUGCUGAAGACUGACCCCAGUGAGAGGAUGACUAUUGGACAGUUCAUGAACCACCCCUGGAUCAGCCAGUCCAUGGCGGUUCCAUCAACCCCUCUCCACACCUCUCGGGUUCUGACUGAGGACAGAGAAUUGUGGGACAACGUCAAGGAUGAAAUGACCAGCGCUUUGGCCACCAUGCGCGUGGACUACGACCAGGUGAAGAUCAAAGACCUGGACACGUCCAACAAUCCUCUGCUGAACAAGAGACGCAAGCGGCCGGCGCCUCCAGGAGCGGCUCAGGCAGAAGCAGCCGAGCCCGGAUGUGACAAUCACAACCGAGUUUCAUUUGAUGAAAACGACGGAGAAAAUAUCACUGAACAAAAGUAGAGUAAAGCAGCUGCGAGGACUGUUAUAAUAUCAUAUAUCGUACAAUGUAAACUCUGCACUUAAUAGUUGAGAACGCCUUUUAUUUUAUUAGUUGACCAAUUAAAAUACAUUUUCCCAA